UGAUUCUUUUUAUUCGAAGACAGAGACACGCUCCAGGUGAAGUUAGGUCCGAAGAUGGCGAAGCUUGAAGAAAUACCGGAGGUAUGUAGAAACGAGGUUGCGGAGUGGAACAGAGAGACGAAGCAGCUGGCGGAGCAGUUGAUGGGUCUGUUGAGUGAAGGUCUUGGACUGGAAACAGAUAGGCUGAAGAAGACAACGUGCUUGGAGUCGAGGACUAUGGUGGGUCACUACUAUCCCAGUUGCCCGCAGCCUGAUCUGACGGUGGGGCUUACGUCUCACAGCGACCCCGGGGCUCUGACUGUGUUGUUGCAGGAUCAGAUAGGUGGGUUGCAAAUUAAGCACGGAGAUGACUGGCUGGAUGUUAAGGCUGUGCAUGGAGCUCUUAUCAUAAAUAUUGCUGAUGUGCUUCAGAUAAUGUCCAAUGAUGAGUACAAAAGUGUGGAGCACAGAGUUCUGGCGAAUGCUUUCCCUGAACCGCGAGUGUCAGUAGCUGUCUUCUUCAAUGCAAGUCCGGGUGCGAGGGAAGAGUUGUAUGGACCAUUUCCAGAGUUGGUUUCACAGGAGAAACCUGCUGUUUACCGGCAGUUUACUUACAGUGACUACAUCAGAAGGUACUUCACCAAGGAAUUGGAUGGAAAAUCUUUAACAAAUUACUACAAGCUGGCUUUCCACGAACAACCCACGGAGGUCAAGGCGGGGUUCUACGGCCGUCCGGAACUCGGCAGUGGCGUAUCAUUAUUUUCGAACAUUGACUUGUUUCUCUCAAAAGCCGCCAGCUGGAGAGACACGCUCCAGGUGAAGUUAGGUCCGAAGAUGGCGAAGCUUGAAGAAAUACCGGAGGUAUGUAGAAACGAGGUUGCGGAGUGGAACAGAGAGACGAAGCAGCUGGCGGAGCAGUUGAUGGGUCUGUUGAGUGAAGGUCUUGGACUGGAAACAGGUAGGCUGAAGAAGACAACGUGCUUGGAGUCGAGGACUAUGGUGGGUCACUACUAUCCCAGUUGCCCGCAGCCUGAUCUGACGGUGGGGCUUACGUCUCACAGCGACCCCGGGGCUCUGACUGUGUUGUUGCAGGAUCAGAUAGGUGGGUUGCAAAUUAAGCACGGAGAUGACUGGCUGGAUGUUAAGGCUGUGCAUGGAGCUCUUAUCAUAAAUAUUGCUGAUGUGCUUCAGAUAAUGUCCAAUGAUGAGUACAAAAGUGUGGAGCACAGAGUUCUGGCGAAUGCUUUCCCUGAACCGCGAGUGUCAGUAGCUGUCUUCUUCAAUGCAAGUCCGGGUGCGAGGGAAGAGUUGUAUGGACCAUUUCCAGAGUUGGUUUCACAGGAGAAACCUGCUGUUUACCGGCAGUUUACUUACAGUGACUACAUCAGAAGGUACUUCACCAAGGAAUUGGAUGGAAAAUCUUUAACAAAUUACUACAAGCUGUAAGAGAGGAAUGUGCAGCAACUGAGUAUGGUGUGCAAGUGGUGUUAGUCCUGUAAGGACGUUGUUCUGCUUCUUUAUGUUCUAUAUUUCAAGUCUGUGACUCCAAUGUUUGCGUGAUACAUACCUGACAGUAAAUAAAUUUUAGAAUUUUAA